AUGGCCGAUCUGGGGAAGAAAGAGCGGAGAAAAAGCCUGAGCGUGUUCAGUCCGUCCGUGAACUCGUCUCUAUCAGGUCCCCCGGCCCACGAUCGAUCGCCGUCGGAUGAUGCCAAUGUUUUAAAGAAGAAGCCCCGGCGCAAUUCCGGCUUCUUUGGCCGCAAUGCUAGCCCGCCCAGGAAUCCUGGCUCUCGCCGUCCCGGAACUGCCGACUCGGAAGCCACCUGCGUGGCCUUCAAUGCCAUGCCUCCCCCGGAAGCUCGACCUCGACGCAAAUCGAUGCAGAAGAAACGGGCCUCGGUCUUCGGGUCCCUGCGGUCGCUACAUUCCCUCGACGAUGACGACCGUUCGAUAGGGCGCUCUAAGGGGUCGUCCGUCGACGACGACGAUGCCGACCAGCGCCAGGGCAUCGGAUCCAUCAUUCUACAUCACGGGGAGAUCCAGACGACAGGCGGCAUGUGGAGAAAGAAAAGCCAGUACUUGGUCCUGACCGACACCCAUCUCGUUCGAUUCAAGAAUCAGGCCAAAGCCGCCGAUAUGUACCCUUCGAUCCCGCCAUCCUUUGCCCGCGGGGCGGGGAAUCGCCAAUCCAUCGCGUCGAUUAGUUCGCUGCAGGAUCCGCUUUCCGCCCCGACAGACGCCUCCGCCGGCAUCCCGCUCAACAGCAUCAUUGCCGUUUACAUGUUGGACGAUGGCCGGCCCUCGUCGACGGUGGAGGUCGCCUACCUGGACGAACGCACCUACAAGACCACCUUUAUCCAGAUGCAGACGCCCGACUUCCAGGAGCUGAACUUGUGGAUGGUGGGCAUCCGUUCUGCGGCGGAGCUGAUCCGACAGGCCGACCCUUUACGCUUCGACCGAAGGUCGGUGGAGUGUGUCGUCAGAAUGCUGGAUUACGAACGAGACUAUGACCCCGAAACGUUUCGCAUGUUUCGCGUCAUUCAGAUGGCCUCGAGCAAGUCCCCGACGCGGGCGUCGUCGGAAGACCUUACCAAGCUCUCCCCUACCGGCUGCUAUCUCGCGCUGGGCUCCCACAAGCUUCACCUCAUCCCGCUACACAAGGUCGGCAAUCGCAAUUCGGUGGUGUCGUUAACCGAUCUCGACACCGCAACAUCGUUUGGUCUGAUGAACCUCACCUCCUUGUCCAUGGAAUGGGGAGACGACAGCCUGCAUCUGACAUUUCGAGUCCCUCUGCGCAAGUCGUUUUCGGUCUUCCUGGCAUCUGUGCAUUCCCUCGAGGUUGCCUUCUGGAUAAGGCAGCAAACGGAAUUUCUGCGACCUCUAUGGAUCAGACAACCCUACGAAUUCAUCGUCCCCCGCGACUUCGACAAUGAUUGCAACUUCCCCCCGGUGGACUUGGCAGAGGAUUACGGUUGUUUCGAUCGGACUCUCGUCGCCUACUCGGCCAGCUACGAUAUCGACACCUCCAACAUCCGAUACACGAUCGACGUGCAAUGCGAGGAUGCCCCCUGUUUCCGACUCCUGCCCCCGGCAACAUCGCGCCGCCAGAAAUACUCCGCGCUCGAACUCGUCGCAGUGAUGCGCGCCCUCCGAUACAACGAAUCGUUCCGGACCAUCUCGUUCAGCGGUGUUUGCUUGGACGCGCUUCAAGGCGUUCACGAUCUGCACGGAUUCGACACGGAUAUGCUUCUCAGUCGCGCCGGCGCCCCAAUUCACAUCCCCGGCCAGGAAAACUUGUCUGUCCUAUCGCAGGAGAUUCGGGCCCUGACUCUCAAAAGCAAAUGGCUUCGGCGCCUCGACUUUUCCUAUACGCUGAGCCGCACCCCUAAAUCCGACAGCGAAAGCCAUGACCCCGGUUGCGGAAUCCCCGAGGCUAUCUUCCCCAUCUGUCGCAGGGAAUUGACGAGUGUGGACUGGAUCGUUCUCAACGGCAUCAAACUUGGGGAUUCCGACCUGGACUACCUGGUCGAUGCGGCCUCCCAGCGAGGGAGUCAUCUCCGGGCCUUGGAAGUUGGCAAUUGCGGUCUGUCCGUUCACGAUAUGGACUUGCUCCUUUCCACCACCAUCAGUCAGGCUUCGACGCUGGAGGCGGUUAACAUUUCCGGCGUCCAGGGGCGAUUGAAUCCGGAUCUUCUUCAGCAGUACCUGGGCUAUUUCGGCCAGAUCCGGAAACUUGACUUAUCCCGAAUAUCCAGGAUGUCGGGCUCAGAGCCCUUGAUCACCGCGGAGACCUUGUUCAACUGGCGGCUCGAAGAGCUCUCGUUGAGUCGGACUGCAGUGAACAGGGAGACCGUCGACUCGAUUGCCACCUACCUGGCCAGCGAGCGGUCUCGAAACCUUCGCGUUCUGAAGCUUGGCCAGUGUGGGCUGAGCGGUCAAGACGUCGCCAUCUUCCUCCACUCGAUCGCGGCCUUGGAGAAAUCGCGCAAUAUCCACCUCCACGUGAACGAGAACCGACUCGACCAGGGCUGCUCCUAUCUUUUCAGCGCCAUUGCCCGAAACAACACCCCGUCGCAUUUGUCGAUGCAGAUGAUCGAUUUCAAAAAGGAAGAGCAAUUUCAGGAACUCGCGGAAGCGUUGCGGAAGAACCGUACCUUGAAGUAUCUCGACAUCUCGAAGGCGUCUCUUCCGUAUGAUGCCGGCCCCGAGACCUGCAAGUCGCUGCAGCUGAUGUUCGAAGAGAACGACACGCUGGAGGACCUAGAUAUCAGCGGGGAGAGCGCACACCUGGACGUCGCUCGAUUUGGCAUUGGUCUCAACCUGGCACUGACUGGUCUGAAAAAGAACAAGUCGCUGAAGGUUCUCAAAAUCGAGCACCAGAAGCUGGGGUUGCAGGGUGCGAACACCCUGGCAUCCGUGCUGGAGGAAAACACCUGCCUCCGGGAGGUUCAUUGUGAAAACAAUGACAUCAACCUCCAGUCGUUCACGGUGCUUAUCAACGGCCUCCAGCGCAACAAGUCGCUCUUGAGCCUCUCAUACAUGGACCGCGACCGCACCAGGUCCCUCGACAAGGUGCGCCGUGAGAUAGAAAGCGUGAAGCGAGACCUGAGUGCUCAGCAAGGGUCCACCACGAGUUCCCUUCGCCGCUCGUUGCACGCUGCAAUGAAUGUGAAAAGUGGGUAUAAGUCAAGCAAACCUGGUCAGCUUCGAUCCGGGGUCUCGGUGCCGUCAAACCUUGCUUCGUCCGCCGAGACUUCGCCGUUGUUGACUCAUGACAUCGAGGUCAUUCUGGAAUCGCUGGGCAAGAAGUGGGACCUUGAGGUGGGUCGUCUUCGCCGGUAUCUGUUCCGAAACUACAACCUGGCCCAUGGCAUCGACGAUGGCACCCUGGCACCUCCUAGCGUGGACGAUGCUUCCAGCGAUGGACGCCCUGCCACCGCCACGAGUCUUGGGACGAUGCUGGACAGCCUCAAGCUCGAGGUCGCCGUGUCUACCAACGAGGUCUCUUCGACGAGGAAACCCUCGCCCCUCGACACCAGCUCGCAACCGUCACCGGACCUGAGUCCUACCGAGACGCCUCCCACCAACCACUUGGAGAUCUUCCAGUGUCUUGAUGCGGACAGCAGUCUGGAAAAUGAACUCCAGAAGCGACCGCAGACGGCACCUUUCUCCUUCCCCGAAUUUGCCCCCGGGCCGCAGAUCCUGCACCCGGAGUAUGCAGGUUCGGCCCCUGGCUCCUCGCGCCUAGCCGUGCCGGUCCCCGCUAUCCCGUCCGUCGUCAAUAAAUCCAGCAGCGUCCGCAGCGCUCGCAGCUCCAGCACCGCUUCUACUAGUGCCGGCACUGCCACAAGUGCCCGGAGUGCCUACGGAACAGCGUCGUCGGCUCUACGGGGCUUUUUGUCCGGAGGCGCGUCGAAGGAGCGCCGCAGGAUGGAGAAGAUGAACUCCGGUGCUGUGUGUGUCUCGAACGACCGGCCCCCGAAGCUGGAAUGGGUGCCACCUCAUCUCGAUCUAGGCAACUUUCGCUAG